GAAGCAGUUAAUCACAUCCCUUUCGAUCCAUGAUCAUUAUCGGCUAAUCGAUCGAAAUGCAAUUUCUAUUCAUCUUUCUGUGGUUGGCACUUGGAACAUUCGCCACAAUCGAUUGUCAUGGCUUAGAAUUGAUUCAGCAAGCUCAAUUUGAUCCGAGUAAAUUGAGAACUUGUAAUUCGGAUUUUGCUAUCGAUGUGAAACGAAUUUAUGGCGGAAAAGAUGCAAAACCAAUGGAAUUCCCUCAUCAGGCAUCGUUGCAGAUUCGUUACUUCAAUUCACAUGUUUGUGGUGCAACGUUGAUCACUAAUCGAUGGGUUCUUUGUGCUGCCCAUUGUUUCACCCGAAAUGAUUAUCCAUAUUCAUGGCAAAUCAAAUUAGGCGAACAUAACCUUCGAAAGCAAGAUUCAACAGAACGCUUGUCAAAAGUUGAUAAGAUUAUUAUUCACGAAAAUUAUGAUCGAAACAAACAACUAUACGAUAUUGCAUUAUUGCGAUUAGAAAAACCGAUCGAUUUUCAACAAGAUCCACACUUGAAGACAAUCUGUCUUGCCAAAAGAACAGAUGUGCCUAAAAGUAAUUAUGAAUGCGUUGCGACUGGAUGGGGACGCGGUAAUAAAGGUCGUGUCGUUACAGACAUUUUGCAGAAAUUACCACAACCAGUUCAUAAUUCCACUACUUGUCGUCAAAUUUGGAAAGGUGUUGGUUGGCCAAUCACUCAAAAUCAUAUUUGCAUUGGUGAUUUAAGAGGUGGUAAAGGUGUUUGUAAUGGUGAUUCUGGUGGCCCAAUUCAAUGUCGACUCAAAAAUGGUGAAUGGGUACAAUUUGGCAUCGCUUCAUGGACGAUCAGUGAUUGUGUGUCCAGAAAUUAUGCUGCCGUUUUCACUAGUGUAUCUGGUUAUCGUGAUUGGAUUGUCUCAACAAUCAAUAAGAAUUCUCGGUAAAUCAAGUAUAAUAUUUAAAUUGAUUUUGUAUUAAAAAAAAAGUUCGAACCAAAAAAUAAAUUUCAUUGUCC